CCUCGGCCGCCUCUGGCAGAAUUGCUCCGUCUGUUUUAAUAGGACCCAAGGUUCAUUGCAAUCUCUCCAAAAGCCUACGAAGGAGCAUCCUUAGAGGUCCUUGCUUUGCAAGCGGUUUGCAAGCAAUUUGGAGCCCGAAAACCAUUGCCAUCGAGGGAAUUGGGCUCCAGGUCCCCAUGAGAAGCAGAGCGGGUACGAAUCCGGGUGCAUUGAUGCUUCCAAAAGAGACAUGACACGAUCCAGGCUGAAUCGGAGGGCAAGGCCCUUGUAGGAGCUCCUUCGGAAAAGGCCACUUAUUUGUCUCCUUCUCUGCAGGUGGGUUUGCUUUUUAAUAGCCAUUUCCCCAAAGCUCCUUUUUAAAGGUCUGCCUUCUUGGUUUUACCUGCAAAGAAAACACUUGAAAGUCUUGCAAAUGCGGAAUGUGUUUGUUCUUGCUUUUAAUGAAGGCGGAUGAGGAAGGGACUGGAACCGAAUCUGUCGCGCCUGAAGGUAACUUUCCCAAGGUGAACAUCCAGAAAGUGGAUUCGAAGCAUGGCUUUUCGGGGGACCCUGCUUUUGCCCCCCAAACGCACCCUUCACCCCCGAACAAAUCCCAAACCCUUGCGGUUCCAGUUACACCUUUGGCUCUCAAGAGGAAGAAGGGUCACGUCGAAGAGGACCCUGCGGAGGAUCUGGGAGCCCUUUCUCCAAAACGGUCUCCAGUCAAAGCUUGGACUGAUCAGUCCAGGCCUCAGAGAGAAGAAGAUCAGAUCAGUUUUCCGGAGCGCAGCAGUUCCACUGCAAGUCAAAACAGCGCCAUGAUCAAUGACCGCUUGCAAGAACUGGUGAGGCUCUUUAAGGACCGGACGGAGAAAGUGAAGGAAAAGCUGAUCGACCCGGACGUCUCUUCGGACGAGGAAACCCCUGCGGCCACUCCAUCCAAAGAUAAACCGCCGGAAGAAAAGAAGGAGGAAGGAGAAGCAGAGAAGGAGGAGGAGGACUCCUGCAACAUGCUUUGCUGCACAUUUAAGGGCCGGCGCUUCCUCCGCCGUGCGAAGAAAAUCCGAUUCCAGUUUCCCAGUAGCAUUGACCCACUCACCAACCUGAUGUAUGUCUUCUGGCUCUUCGUUGUGGUCCUGGCAUGGAACUGGAACUGCUGGCUGAUCCCCGUCCGCUGGGCUUUUCCCUACCAAACGCCUGGGAAUGUCUGCUACUGGAUGGCCAUGGACUACCUCUGUGACUUCAUCUACCUUCUAGACAUAGCCGCCUUUCAGGUCCGGCUGCAGUUUGUGGAGAAAGGAGACAUCAUCAUGGACAAAAAGGCCAUGAGAAGGAACUACCUGAAGUCACAUCGUUUCAAGAUGGAUGUCAUUUGCCUCCUUCCCCUGGAUUUCCUUUACUUCAAAGUCGGUGUGAAUCCUCUCUUGCGUUUGCCCCGAUGCUUAAAGUACCUGGCCUUCUUUGAGUUCAACAACCGGCUGGAAGCCAUCCUGAGCAAGGCUUAUGUUUACAGAGUGAUCAGAAUCACGGCUUAUUUGCUCUUCAGUUUGCAUGUGAACUGCUGCCUGUAUUACUGGGCCUCCUCUUCCCAGGGUUUGGGCUCCUCCGCCUGGGUCUACAACGGGGAAGGCAACAGCUACAUCCGCUGCUAUUAUUGGGCCAUCAAAACCUUGAUCACCAUCGGAGGACUGCCGGAUCCCCACAAUCUGUUUGAGAUCGUCUUCCAGUUGCUCAACUAUUUCACUGGCGUCUUCGCUUUCUCUGUUAUGAUAGGACAGAUGAGGGAUGUUGUGGGCGCUGCCACCGCCGGACAAACCUACUAUCGGAGCUGCAUGGACAAUACGGUCAAAUACAUGGCCUUUUACAGAAUCCCCCAUUCUGUCCAGAACAGAGUCAAAACGUGGUACGAAUAUACGUGGCACUCGCAAGGCAUGCUGGAUGAAUCAGAGCUGAUGAUGCAGUUGCCGGAGAAGAUGAGGCUGGACAUUGCCAUCGAUGUGAAUUACGGCAUUGUGAGCAAAGUGCCACUUUUUCAGGGUUGCGACCGGCAAAUGAUCUUCGACAUGUUGAAGAGGCUGCGGUCGGUUGUAUACUUACCCAACGACUACGUGUGCAAAAAGGGGGAAAUCGGCCGAGAGAUGUACAUCAUCCAAGUCGGACAAGUCAUGGUUCUUGGGGGUCCGGACGGCAAGACAGUUUUGGUGACAUUGAAGGCUGGGUCCGUGUUUGGAGAGAUCAGCCUGCUAGCCGUGGGAGGUGGGAAUCGGCGCACGGCGAACGUUGUGGCACAUGGCUUUACGAACCUUUUCAUCCUGGAUAAGAAAGAUUUGAACGAAAUCCUAGUCCAUUACCCAGAGUCUCAGAAGCUGCUACGGAAAAAGGCCAGGAGAAUGCUGAAAAACAACAGCAAACCCAAAGACGAGAAAGGGGUCUCGGUCAUCAUUCCUCCGAGGGCCAGGACCCCAAAACUCUUCCAAGCCGCUUUGGUUGCUGCCGGAAGGAUGGGAGGCAAAGGGAAGCUGGCGCACAUCCGAUGGAAGCUGAAAGAGCUGAAGGCCAUGCAGGAUGCCAACGCCACUCCGGUUCCACCCAAAUCUCCACUCAGUCAAGGUUCACCGGCUGCUUCCAAGAAACCAGAUGACCAGAGGACUGAGAAGGUGGUUUCCAAGUCUUCUGGUCACUCUGUCCUGGUUUGCAUGAAUCCAGUACCCAAAAGCGAUGAACAGAUUCUCUCUGUGGAAGUUGCAGACAAGGAGGAAACUAAAUAGAGACAGAGGCCCCUGCAUUUUUGGUGGCUUGACUCUUCUUCCAAAAGUGAUCUCUAUUGUUCUGCUACAAACUUUGGGCCUCCAUAUGUUUUGGACUUCAGUUCCCAAAAGUCCCAGUCUGCUUGGCCAACAGUAAGGGAUUCUGGGAGCUGCAGUCCAAAACAUCUGGAGGACCAAAGUUUGGGAAUCAUAGCAGAAAAGAAAACUGUCAAUGAAUCUCUCUCUAUAGCCAGCCCUCCAUAUCCUUGGGUUCUGCAUCCAUGGAUUCAACCAACCAUGGCUUGACAAUAUCCCCAAAAGCAAACCUUGUUCAGCAUUUUAUAGCAGGGAUGCCAUUUUACUCCCCCGUUGUAUAUAAUGGGACUUGAGCAUCCAUGGAUUUCGGAACCAAAUCCCAAUGGAUAUCGGGGGCCCACUGUAAUAGGAAACUGCUGCUUUCCUCCAGUUGCAAAAGCCAGAAACCCUUGCAAAGCAUAACAGCCCUUUCCCCCAAACCCUUAGGAUCAUAAGUCACUAUUUACUUGCACUAAAUGCACACCUGGUUUCUUGUAGUGACAACUCACUUUCCCUUAGUAUGGUUUGCAGAUUUAUUAUGUAUGUAUGCAGAUACGCGGGUUUAUUUAGUAUGAUUUAACAAAGUGAACGGAAGGGUUAUAUUGGCCUAAUAGUCAAGGGAUGGGAUGCUCUGCAGCAGAAAGAGAUGCCCCAGAGCAUCACUGGCAAUUGAUUCAAAGUGCAUUUAGGACGUUAAUCCUGUUAAUCCUGAUAUCAUUGGCUGCCUUUCCUUCUGUUUGUAGUGAAAUUGGGAAACAGGGGGUUUCCCUGUCUCUAUUUGGAAGCAGUCUUCCAAAUGGUAAGCCAAAGUGGCUCUUUAACACCAGGAUCUGGGGCUGAGCUGCACUGCAGAAGUAACAGUUUGACACCGCUUUAACUGCGAAAUCUGGGAUCUGUAGUUUUGUGAGAUGCUUAGCCUUCUCCGUCAGAGAGCUUUGGUGCCACGGCUACAAAUCCUGGGAUAGGAUGGUGCAAUGGCAGCUGAAGCGGUGUCAAACUGCAUUAACUCUGCAGUGCAGAUGCAGCCUUGGUUGCAGAAGGAGGAAACUUGGUGGGCUGGCAGGUUUCCAGAUGGGAUAGAAGCAUUGCAAUCUCUGGUGUCUCUAUAGAAAACAGCACUUGCUAAGCUUGCCUAAACAACAGCACACAGUGGCACACCAAUGCCCUAAUAAAACAGCACAGUUUCUGCCA